AUGGAUAUAAAUAAUUUUGUUAAAAAUGUAAAUAGUUUAGACACGUACAUUUCCCUCGACAGCGAUGUUAUGUUUAAUAAAUACUUGGGUCUGACACCUUCAUUGGAUGUAGACACCAUCGAUGCAAUAGAGAAAAUCAAGUCUUUAGAAGUUCAGUACUUUCUAAAGUACCAUGUCAACGGCGCAGCAUUUAAAAUGCUUGAAAACAUACUGUCUGUACCUUCCGCAAAAACUUGGAAUAUAAUUGGCAAAAAUUGCCUGGUAAUAUUACAGUCUUGGUUUUGUGCUUUAAAAAACCAAAUUAUGCACCAAAAUGAGCACUGGUGGAUAUUCUUGCUGUCAUUAUUAAAGCUGAUGAAGAUUUUAAGGACGAAACAUACUACACUUGAUAACCAGAUAGUGCAAAUUCUUGGCAAAGAUCUAUUAUAUGUAGCCACCCAAGAGAAGCUUACCCAGAACCAAAUGUUUGAAGUGAUACAAGUAUUCAAUACCUGCAGUGCUGGAAGUACUAGAGAGCUUAGAUUCUUCUUGAAAGAUAGUUUUAAUCAAUAUUUUGUCAAGUUGUCACAUACAAUUAUAAAAUGUGGUGACUUUCAUAUACAAAAUAGUAUUGUUGAGACUCUGAUACGGUGGCUACUGCCUCGUAAGGAACUAUCGGUGCGCAGAGAUGCAGCAGCAAAGUGGUUUCCUGAGAAGAUGUUCUCAAAGAGUGCCAUUGAUCUCUUCUUGAGUACAGAUUGGAGGAAUUUUUUUCAGGAUUCCAGAGCUUUUCUCAAUGCACAAAACGAAGGGAAUGAAUUGGUCACAUCUGUACAGUGCAACGGAAUGACUAUUGGUAGCAUGGAAAUAAUAUCUUUGAGAGGGAAAAAAGUAUGGCUCGAUUUCAAUUUGGGUAACCGAUGCAUUACGCUGAUGUUGAGCCAUUCAUUGCUGGAACUGCUCGGAACAAGAAACUCCAUUUCUGAAGCAAUAGUCAUAGCGGAACGUAACGCUACAUCAGCGAAAAUGAUGAAAGAGAAGACGCUUGUAAAACUAGCCGUAUCUAUUGAAGACCCAAGAAUGCUCCAUCGUUCAAAAAUCCUAGCAGAAGCAAUGUUGACGGAGAGACAAGUUAUAAUAUAUUUGAACGGAGAAAGCGCUCUCAAAGUUCACAAAACAUUGCAGAAGAUAUUUGAACAGAAAUAUGAGGUACUUUUCAAUAUAGAUCAACUGAAAACUGAACAAGGGGGUCACACUUUGGAGAAUGAGAUAUCGUUACGGGAACAAUUAAAACUUUUUCAAGCCGGGCCCUUCGAGAAAAGAGACCGUCCCUGCGCAGAAAGAGCACCGAACCUCUCUGCCAUAAGUGAAGUCAGCGAAACUAGCGAAAGACAAAAUAUAAGCGAGGCAAGUACGCGCUUAAUAAAACCACGCUGUGGAGUUGCCCACGCACAAGAGGGAGGGAAAAGUGAACCUUCAUUCGUAUAUCACGACGGAGAUUCUAACAGUUUUCUACUAGUGGCCACUGUGGAUUCCAGUGAAGCGAAUGAUAUACUAGAUAAACUGCCUAAAAAUAUAACCACUGAUGAGUUUAUGGCUCAAGAGUUGCAGAGUAGAGAAAUUCAGGAUAAAACAAUGAAGGAUAAUGUUGAUGAUAAUAUGAAUGAAGUUACUUCUUUGGGAUUUUCGCAACAAACGAAUGUUGACGAUAUAGUUGAAGGUACUCCUGUAGAUUGGAUCACAAAACGAAGGAAACAUCCGCCGGUGUCAUCGAAAGUAAAUAAGACCGAAUAUGAUGAGCAAGUCGUAGAGAAUUUCUUCGCCCAACAUUUUCGCCAAGACAAAGAUGGCCAACUUAUCAUCAAUCCCACUGUAGAGCAACGAGUCAACGAUCAGAGAUCGCAUUCUGGAUUCGUCCAGGCUCCAUCCUACGAUACACGAGAAGAGUUGGUAAAUACAAACGCAGUCGAAUGCGUCAACAGAUUAAACGAUAAAGUUCCUGACGAUCCAAAAUAUGACUUUCCUCAAAUCGAUCAUGAAUGUCUAGACGUUGCCAAGAACUUAAGUACCGAAGCCGACCUUCAUGCCACUAAUAAAACCUCAAAAAAGAAACCUACGAAAAGUGUAAAUCCUACAAAGAAAAAAGUUAAGGGAGCAAAAAUAUCAAAAGGGUUGAAAGCGAAGAAAGGAAAGCUGCAAAUGGAAAGAUUGAACGAGGAGAAUAAUAACAAUAAGAAUACACCAAAUAAUGAGGAUACUCAUAAAAGCAGACGACGCAAACUUUAUUCCCCCAGAGAUUCAAUUACCUUCAAUGAAAAGACUGGCGCAGUUGUACCAGAAUCUGAAGAUUCCGAAUUUAAGGGAACGCCUAAAUUCUCGGUGUACAGGGAAAUCCAAAAUACACGGAGAUCUAUAAGAAAUAAAAGAAACAUUAAUACGAAGGCGCUACUUUCUCCCAAUUCCAAACGGCUCAAUGAAAUCUUUGACAAUCUACUCGGCGACCGUGUAAUAGAUAAAAAUUCAAAAGGAACGAAAAAGAAAGAUCUUUCUAUUUAUAAUUUCAGCACCGACAGCGAAGACGAGUUUCAGUCAAGGCAGCAAAUUUCUUCAGGUAACUCAAAAACAGCUUCUAGAUACCGGCAAUGUAAGCGAAAAUCUAAACCGAAUAAAGCUCCUCAAAGAAAGGCUACAAGAAAGAAAACUGUAAAAGAUAGUAUUGGUUAUACUAACGAAUUGAUUGAUGAGAGAAAACGUGCAGCAGCAGAAGUGAAUUUAAACGCUUCUUUAGUUGUAGAAAAACCGGCAGAGAUAUGUGACAAUAUCGAACCUAUUAUUACAGUCUCGCCUCAGAUCGAAGAGCUAGAAAAAUUGCCUGAUAAGCGAAAAAACAUUUCCAAAAGAAGAGCUAAGAAGAAAAAAAAAAGCAUUAAUAGUAGAAAAGAAGACACACGUGAUACAGAAGAAAGCAUUAGCCCAAUGCUAAAUUAUGAAGCGAUACCUAAGAAAAAGGAAUUCAAAGAUUCCAUAGACGCUUUUGAGAAAUCUCGAAAAGAUUCUUCGCCUAGCGACUCCAUGGUUGAUAUAACAGAACUUAUUAAAUCAACUAAUGCGCAAAGCGAUGGAAAUUCCAGUGAUUCCCCACACUUUGAAACUGUAGAGGCUACUGUUUAUAUUGAACCUAUUUCGGCCCCAAAGACACCAACUCUUCAUUAUAAGAACCAGCUCUCGUUUCCAAAUAAUCCUAUUGAAGAUGCAAUAGAAGUAAUCAAUGACGCUCCCGAUGUGACAAAAUCUAUUUCCGUCCAAAACCAAAGUUUGCGAAAACUAGACAAAAACAAGGAUGAAAUAUCUGAACUGCCAGAGCCUCGCAAAAUAAAUAAUACUGAUGUAAGUCUAGUGCCAGCUAAUGUUUUCAAGGCGAAAGCGGGGAUAAACUCGAACAAUCUCGAUGAGCAUACUUGUAACAAUUUGGCAGUAGUAAAAAUCGUUCGUCUGACACCAGAGCAAAUACAUUCGAGGACACAACGUAACCAUAGCAACGGCUCCAACGAGAGUGGUGCCAGACAAAAUGUUUACCCGCGUAAUACUCGCUCGGGUACACGUAUUAGCCAAACUAGUAUUAUAUCUCCCAUUCGUUCGUUCGAACACAGAUAUGACCUGCGUCAGAAGUCGACUCCCGAAGCGAGCGAAAUCUAUAAGCCGUGUUCCAAAAAGGAUCGCAGAGGUUCAGCCAAAACAUCUAAUACUCCCAGCAACCCUGAAUGUGCUAGUCCAAAAACCAGGAAACAAACAGUACACACGCCCCCGGUUAAAAGACUCUUUGUGUCUCCCACGGGUUCAAUAAGCUCUUCGAAAUCGGGAGAAGUUAAUAAUUCCCAGUCGGAAAAGAGGAAACGGAGGCAUUCAGUAAUUAUGCCUUCGCGCCCGAAGUCAGUGAGACCUCGCAAGGAUUCUACGAGCUCUUCGAAUUCGGGGGAAAUGAAUACUAAUAACAAAAAGAGGAAACGAAGUUCAGCCUUAGGUUCAGAUAAAAUACUCGCAAGUUCCGCUUUAAACGAAUCCGAUUCAGGUAUGUUUAAUAGGAUACCACCCCCCGGAAACAUUCAAUUCAAGCCUUUUGGAGAGGUGGAUGAUGCGCGUAUAGUUUCGCCAGCUCAACAAGACACGCCCUCUAGAGGAAAUUGUUUGGAGCCAAGUACAAGCUCUCAGGAUAACUCUCCAAAGAGUUCUGAUAUGAAUCCACGAAGUGUUCUGCAAGAUAUUCUUAAAAAAGUAAUUGAGAAAGUACAGAGCGACUUGGCGCAAAGAGACAAGAUGCUUGCAAGCAAAUUCAAACGUCUUCGCUUGAACGCGCAAAAGUUAAUAGAUGCUGCGCAGGCGCAGCGCCAAGAGAUUUAUUUUCAAACAGGCAUAAGCGUUUUAAAAGUUGUCCAGUCAGUUCUUAGUGAUAAAUUUAACGAGAUGAAUUGCCAGUGCAUAGAAAACGAAGAUGAAACCAUGAAGAACUUGCUGUCAAAAGAAGGUAUAGAGAAAAUCUUAACUGAAGAUAGACGAAGAUCAGAGGAACUCUUGGCAUCAUUGAUGCAGGAUGUCAUACGUUAUACUAAUAGUAUUUGA